AUGCAAAGUGAUACAACUUCACCAUCAUUACCUGAGACGACUAUAUCUGAACGAACAACCACAAGUCUCUUAAUGCCUGACACCACCAUUAGUAUGAUAACGACUGAAGACAAAACAACAACAACAACAGCAGUGACAUGGGAAACGAUAACAGAAGCAGAAGAGACAACGCCAAUGACAAAUAACACCAGUAGAUCGACAACUACAAUCGCAAGUGAGCAGCAAAAAAGAACAAUUUUUUGGUCUUCUGUAUUGGUUGUAUUUUCUGAUUCAGCAAAGCCGAACAACUUGGGUCUAAUUCUUGACCUUUCACUUGGUCUUGGUUUUCCCGCAACAGUAACUUUGGUAGCGGGUGCUGUGUACUAUGUUAACAAGAUUAAAACAAAUGGUAAAGUAUCAGUGAACAAUUCAGCUGGUACGAAUGAAUUUCUAAUGACAAAGAACAACAAUGCAACUGAAUCAAAUGUACUUGUGACAGCUUAA